UCCAUUUUUUUUUCAAAAGGACAUGGAAAAUUCAAGGGCUAAGAUUGAACCACUUAAAAUGAACCAACCCCACUCGCCCCACAAAUUGGGGGCAUCCGAAGACUUCUCCGCUCCCAUCGUUUUAAAAAAGUUCAAAACCAUCGCUCGCUCCUCGCUGUGGCCCCCCCAUAUUCCCAAUUCCCUUUUUUUUCCCCCAUUUUCUGUUUCUCCGUUUCCCAUUGCAUUUUCCUCGCUGCAAUCUCAGAUCUCCCCCCCUGAAGGAUGGCGCGUGAGGAGAACGUCUACAUGGCCAAGCUGGCGGAGCAGGCCGAGAGGUACGAGGAGAUGGUGGAGUUCAUGGAGAAGGUCUCCUCCUCCCUCGGCGACCCCGACGAGCUCACGGUGGAGGAGCGGAAUCUCCUCUCCGUCGCUUACAAAAACGUCAUAGGCGCACGCCGCGCCUCCUGGAGAAUCAUCUCCUCCAUCGAGCAGAAGGAGGAGUCCCGUGGGAACGAAGACCACGUCAACGCCAUCCGCGAUUACAGAUCUAAGAUCGAGACCGAGCUCUCCAAAAUCUGCGAUGGAAUCCUUAAGCUUCUCGAAUCCAAACUCAUUCCCUCCGCCUCAGCCGGCGAUUCCAAGGUCUUCUACCUCAAGAUGAAGGGCGACUACCACCGCUACCUCGCCGAGUUCAAGACCGGAGCCGAGCGUAAGGAGGCUGCAGAAAGCACUCUCACUGCCUACAAAUCCGCGCAGGACAUUGCAAACGCAGAACUUGCACCCACACACCCCAUCCGUCUCGGGCUGGCUCUAAACUUCUCCGUGUUCUAUUAUGAGAUUCUGAACUCUCCUGACCGCGCUUGUAAUCUCGCAAAACAGGCCUUCGAUGAAGCAAUUGCCGAGUUAGACACUUUGGGAGAGGAGUCAUAUAAGGACAGCACCUUGAUCAUGCAACUCCUUCGUGACAAUCUGACUCUUUGGACUUCUGAUAUGCAGGAAGAGGGAGCGGAUGAGAUCAAAGAGGCUCCCAAGAAAGAUGAAGAGCAGCAACAUUGAGGGCGGUUUCCUUCUUAUUUGCCUUACGCUUCUCCUCAAUCGUUUUAAUUUGGAGAAAGUUGUUUGUUUUUAUUUCCAACGUGGUUUUCUGCUUUAUGGCAUUCUCCAGUCAGUCGUCAAGAAUGAACUGCUUAAUUUAUAUAUCUAAUACUUUGUUGUUUGGUCUUUAACUGGAUGUGAUUCUGGAAGUUCAAUUCAUUCCCACCUGCUUCUUUGAACUAUUUUGUUGAAUUGGUUGGUCUUCUUUUUGUGACGUUAUUUGAAAGAGCUUUGUGUUGA